AAAGCGGAAAUUCAGUCAAAUGUCAAUCUCCGACCAUAAAAUCCAUUUAAAAAAUAAUUUAUUUAAUUUUAUUUGGGUGUGAAAUUGUGGUGUUAUAGCAUCGCAAUUAAAUAUGAAGUUAAAAAUAAUUUUGUUAAACGGGUUACUAGUAGUGUUUGUAGGCCUCGUAUAAAAUGCCGAAGUGUGCGUUCAAUGAGUGUAGAAAUGUAACAUCCCGAUUUAAAAAGAGUGAUGGAAUAUCCUACUUUCGGUUUCCUCGUAAUCCAAUUCAAUGUGCAAAAUGGGCACUAAUAGUUGGCCGGCAGAGAAAUCAGCAGAACUUUAAACCAAAUAGAUCAAGUGUUGUUUGUUCAGAGCACUUCCGCGAAAGUGAUUUAUAUGUCACUGAUAAGGGCAUAAAACGCAUUCUUAAAACUGCUGUUCCCAAGAUUGAUCUUACUGAAGAUGAUGAAGAAUCUACUAUAUCUGAAGAAAUAACUGACAGUUUGCUUCUUGAUAUAGACUUCUCUGAUCUCAUUGAUACUACUAAUGAAAUCAUAAAUAACAUUCCAGAUGAUAUUUUUAAGUCUGCUUUUGAAAACAAAGAUGAACCAUCUAAAAAAGAUAUAACUUCUAGGCCAGCGGACCCCACAGAUAUGAUUUAUUUCCAAGGAGAACUAGACAAACGGCGUAAAAGAAUUAUUGAAAAAGAAAAAGUUGUAAAGAAAAGAAAUUAUAAAAAUGCUAAAAAAGCUUCCUUAUUUAAAACCACCUUAAAGAAGUUGAAGAAAAAACUACGUAUGAAUGCCAGACUACGCUCAAAGCCUGUUAAGUCCAUCUCAAAUUUAACUAAGGAAUAACUUUACUGUAAUGUACCAUUUAAUUUAAUCUAGUCAUGAAAAGCUCACUAAUUAUACUAUUAAUUAGAACUAUAUGUACAUAUAAAUAAGACUCAAUGUAACAAGA